AUGUUUCUGUGCUUUCCAGAUAUGACGUUCCGUAGAGCUUGCCAGGUAUUCCAUUCAAAGGUUCGCAUUCAUCCAGACGACAACAUCAAUGUUUGAUAUCAAUAAAAACAUUCAUGUCUCUUAAUCUUUGACAUUAUUCCAAGCAUUCAAAAUCUCUUAAUCUCUAACACUACGAUAGUAUAGAUAUUCAAAGUCCCACAAUCUCCAACAUCAAUACAAAGAUCCAGAACACUUUCGAUACACAAUUACCAAUAUAACACAUUCAAGACACUCUCAAUAUCUGGCAUCAAUGUAAAUAUUCAGAGAAUCACAUUCCGCAAGUCACGAACCAACACUCUCAAUCUCUCAUAUAUUAUCAAACAAUCAAAAGUUCCAUGAGCACCAUCUCCUUUAUAUAAGAUAUUUACCUAGUUCAUCGGUAGUUUGUCGUCGGAAAGGAUCGUCAGGAAGGCUUAGGUGUCGCAAGGUUGGCACCAGUUGUAAUGGAAAGCAAUCUUAAUAUACAUGUUUCUAUCAUCCCCAAUCUUCAUUCGAACUUCAACCAGACCCCCCGAAAUGUAUACGAUCUGAGAUUAAACAGAGGCUCGCAGUCUCCCAAGCAUAGAAGGGAAUUCGUUGACGAAGGAUGCCCAUUUGUCACGUGAUAGUGAAACCCGGAAUUGCAUGUGGCUGCCUCCCUUCGUUCCUUCCCAAGAAAGACGAGAGAAGUGAAAAAGAAGCAAGGCGAUGCGAUACAUCAAGAAAAUCUUCAAGUUACAUAAUCAAGAUGGCCUACGAUGAAGCGUUAUUUGGCCAAUAAGUCAUAAUUUCAUCUUUUACUACCUACUUCCGCCUGUACUAUUUAUUGAUUUACUUGUGGCCAUUUCGUAAUGUAUCAAACUGAGAAAUUCACAUUCGAACCCUUUUUGUCCAUUUCCUACGAACCUUGUCUCUUGAUAUCUAUCAUCUCUCCUAAGGUGAUGUGAAUCGCACAUUCUUUGAGCAUUGGAACCAAGAUCUUAAAAUCACCAUGGAAGCACCGGGUUUGAAUCGUGAGCUCAGUGGUCAAGACCACCGUGAGAACAUUGAUCGAUCCCUAAUGGGAACUCAUGGAGGGAAUAGUCGUGACAUCAGUAACAACCUUGUCGCAUCGCUCAAGUAUGAGCAUGCACAGACUGGUCAAGAGUUCACAAUUCCAAUUCUUGCCAAAGGCUAUCUUCAUGUGGGAAGAGAAACGAAAUGUGAUUUUUCCAUUGAUAGUGUGAUUGUUUCCAAGCAACACUUUCGUAUCUACACUAUCAUAUAUGAUACGGAAAAGCUGGAUGAGUACCCACCUUCAAUCUAUUGCGAAGACCUUGAAUCCAGGAAUGGUACCUAUGUGAACAAUGUAUUGAUCGGUAUAGUCGGCAAUGAAAGAAUUGGACAUCUUCUUGUUGACGGUGAUUUGAUUGAGAUCCGACCCGAUUGGAAGUUUCGAUUUCACCAACCAAGAUCAAGAACAACAUCGCAUAUGCCUUUGCCUGAUACGGAAAUAAAGUAUUUCAAAGAUCGAUACACCAUUUCCAGCCAUGUUCUUGGCAGCGGUAUUGCUGGAGAGGUUUUUCUUGCCAACAAUGUUGGUAACUCGAAGCAGAUAGCAUGUAAAGUAAUCAAAAUAAGUCCCUCGAGACGUUUACACCCCAUCUCCCAUGGUUCUGCAGGAUUAAGUCAGCAAUAUGAUACCGAUUUGGCGAGUAAAUCAUACCUGCGAGAAGUUGACAUACUGUCUAAACUUAAUCAUCCAAAUAUUAUCCGCAUUGAGAGGGCCUUCCUUUCCAACGACAGGCUGUAUAUGUUUACAGAGCUUGCUGCGGCAGGAGACCUAUAUACAUACUUCGAUUCUUGUGACAACAGGCUUGAAGACGCCCAUGCUCGCCUCAUUACGCGACAGAUCGCUCUGGCUCUGGAAUAUCUUCACUCGAAAGGAAUUGCACAUAGAGAUGUUAAAAUGGAAAAUAUUCUCAUUACAAACACCGAUAUCGGCUCUCGAGUCAUUCUCACAGACUUCGGCCUUGCUAAUUAUACGGACAAAACAACUGGCAGACUCUUCUCUUCAGUAGGAACAGAGGGUUACGUUGCACCCGAAAUCGUUGGUUCUGAUAUAAGCCGUGGCUAUACGACAGCUGCAGACAUGUGGUCAUUUGGAAUAUUGACAUGGAGUUUGCUCACUGGUGAAAGUUCGAUUCCCCGAGGCCGAUUGUCCCAGCUGGAAGAAAUUCAAGCUGCCAAGAACUUUCUUUCGUCCGAUGAAAAAGAAGUAGCAAACAAGUGGUCUUAUCUUCAUCGGAGAGCUCGAUCAUUUCUGCGCGGCCUUUUGGCUAGUGACGCAGGUCAACGUAUGACUGCUGUUCAAGCAGUAAAUCAUCCAUGGUACAAGAAACCUCCCGUUUCCGACGCGAUAGAGCAGGCAUAUGAGCGAGUUACAAGGUUCUGGAAACCACGAGAUGACGAUGAUAUUCUUGAAUAUCUGCCUGGAUAUACCGUGCCUACAACAGAGGUUACAAGCUCAGGUCGUCGAAAGCGCUUGCCUGAUACUUCUUUGUCGCCCUACUUCAAUCUUGACCGUCAUCUACAAUCAAGAUCUCCACAUAUGGCCAAACGCAGACGUAUACUUGACGAUCUCAAAGAAACUGGAGGAACCUUCGUGGAUUCUGAGUCACAACAGAAUGAACCUAGAGAUAGUCCCAGGAGCAAGAAUCACCUUCAAGUGAAAUCGGUUACUGGGAUUGAUUUGUUCGGAAGCUCCUCAUUUUCAACGAACAGACAAACAGGAAAUAGUCACAGGCUCGAUUAUGAGACAUCAUCUUCUAAAGAUAAUCUGAAUAGAUUAAGAGCGGCCAAGAAAAUGAUGCAAGAUUCUCAAAGUCAUCUUGCAUCCUUUAACAAAGCUAGUGAUGCUCAUUCAAACGCCUCGGAUGAUGUAAGAUUCAGAAAAGAAACAAAUCCGGCCAAUCAAGAAAUCCAUGAUGCUGCCUCACAGCGUGUAUCAAAGUUUUGUUCCGCUAAGGCUUUCAAAGACGAGAUCAACAUUGUCAGAAAGGAGAGAUUUCUGGAAGCUUGAUGAUCGUUUGCUCUUGGGCGGAGGUUAGGUGCUUGGGGGAGUUCGGAGGCAUUCACCCUGAAUGCAUGACAGACGCAGCUCGGAACGGAAAGAAAGGAUUUGCUACUAUGAGCACUUCGCAUGCUUUUCUCUAAAAAUAAUACCGCGACCGUUAGCUAGAAUUUUUGCCCUUGAUUGAUUGAUGAACAGUGUAUACAUUGCUGUCGGCUUUGCGUUGACGUCAGGAUGAUCAAUGAGCGGGCACCAGCAUCUCUAAAUCGAGACACCAUAUUGCUAUUAUUCUUUCACCAAAUGUUUAAAAAUGAUGAUUCUACAACAAUUAUUUUACAAUAUCGUCGGCUUCGGCAAGUUUAGGCGAAUGCACAGUACCGACUGCCGAUCUACUGAUGAGGUUGACAAAUAAGUACCGAGAAACUAAGACGUCAUAGGUUGAAGUCAUGGAAACAGUACCUUGGUACGGUGGAAGGAACCUAAAUUAUUAAUAAUUAAGAGAGAAAAAUCUUUGGCUGC